AUUGUUUACCCUAGUCAAAGCUGACCACUUCAAAACCUCUCUUAAGUUUUACCACUGGCAGCCUCAAAUUGAAUAAAAUUUUAAAUAGUUUUCCAGCUAGAGCAUUUGAAGUUAAUCAUGGCUUCAAAACAGCGAAAAAUUUUGGCUCUUGGUUUAGGCCUUAGUCUCUACGUUAUAACUGGACUAAAUGACACAUUUUGGACAUCAUUCUUCCCGACUGAAAUGGCGAAACUUGGCUUGUCCAAAACGACUAUCGGAAACAUAGCUUCUGCAUACGACUUAGCAGGACUUGUUUGCUCACUUCUAAUGAUGUUCAUCCAAGCACCCCAAAUGCAGCUGUUUCUAUUCUGCACCGGAUCCGUCAUCGUAGGCGUCGGCUGCAUGACUUUCGGCCAACUGAUAUAUAUGCCUCAAGGUUACAUUUUCAUAGCCAUGUGUUUCCUCACUCGAUGUGUGAUGGGAUGUGGCUCAACUUUCCUUUGGUGUUGCGGAGCGCCGAAUUUGAUCUCACUGUUCCCGAAGCAUACAGGCCGAGUAUGCAGUCUGUUUGAGUCGGCGGCGAGUGCCGGAGCUAUACUCGGAGCACCGCUUGGGAGCUUUUUGUUCGCCUUGGGGGGUUACACUCUCCCAUUUUGGGUAAUUGGAAUGAUUCAAGUCAUCCUCCCGUUCUUUUGUUACAUUGGCCAUCCUAAAACUAAGCCCUGCUAUAAUGAAAUUAGUACCAGCUCGAAAAAAGACAUCUCAAAAGCCGGCGUUGUUUCUUUUAUCUCUCACCCGGGAGUCCUAUGCAUUGCUCUCGGCGCCACGAUUACAGUGUCCUCGUUCGGCUUUUUCAACGUGGCGUUCGCGCCUUAUAUUCAACAGCAAUUCAGCAUCGGCAGUAAACGGGCGGGGAUAUUUUUCCUCUCUUUCACAAUUGCUAGACUGGCUGUUGCGCCCAUAUUUGGCUGUUUCAUCGACAAGGGCUACGGCGGCUUUAUUUUCAGCUUUUUCGGAUGUUUUCUGAGCGCUUUAUGCUUCAUUAUUUUGGCAAUCACUCCCCAAAUACCUUUCUUGAACAACAUGGUUGCUCUGGAAUUUAUCCUGGGUGUUAUUGGAAUGAGUUCAACAGCUGCGUUUUUGCCCAUAAUUGCGCUUUUCCAGAAGGUCUACAGAUCCGGAAAAGAUCGAGCCACGUCUGAUGUAAAUUUGAUCAGCUAUUCAGCGAUAAUGAGUAAUUUGUGCUUCACUUCUGGGAUUAUUUUGGGUCAAAGUGGGCUUGGGGGAAUCUUGUAUGACUACUUUGGGUUUUUUAACAGCUGUUUUGUGGAAGCAGCAUUGUGUGGUUUUGUAGCAGUGUUUUCAGGCGUCUAUCUGUCCAUAAAAGGAUUGAUGUGCGAAAAAUGAGAAAUAUGAUAUGAAACAGGAUCUUUACUCAUUAAACUGGUGGUAUAAUAUGAACAUAUAUUUAUUGAAUUUGUUGU